GAUCAGAGGACAACAUUUCCUUUGGAAGGACACAUCCUACAAUGCACAUUCCAGCAGUCCAGCUUGGCAGUCCCCGCACACUGACAGCAGGGCAUCUUCAGCGUCAGAACAUUUCGCCUUUGCUGGUAUCUGACCAGUUGAGGUGAUUCUUUACCACUAAAUGAUCACUCCCUUCUUAUUGGUUUUAGAAGGGAUACAGCAUCGCGUUCCCGCGAAAAUGUACCCUUCCGGGCCUCCCUCAUGUUACUACGCACAGUCACAGUCUAGGGAUGGUUUUACACGUUCUGGCGCCGUCGGUGGUUCAAGCGCAUACCGCUCUGUAGGAGUCGGUUCGACCACUCAUUUUCCAGGUGAUAUUUCGAAUAGAGAUUUUCCUGUUGAACAUUCUAUGCAACCGCUGCAGGAUACAUCAUUCCAGUCUCUGGCAAUGGUUGUACCAUCACACAUAACCAAUACCACUUUUCAGAGCUACGGAGGCAACGUCAUCCAUCUCUCACGACUACAGCACGCAACUCCGCUUUCAGGCGGUGGCGCAAGCACAAGGAGCUUUGCGAAUUACCGCUACACGUUGGAUGCCGGUCCGCCUGCUCAGAUUUCAGGUGGAAUUCCGGAUAGAAAUUCUAUGCUUGCAAAUCCUGUGCCAUUGCAGCCGGACACAGUAUCACAGCCGUUCAACGGCACUCCAUCACACGGAAGCAUGGUCAUUGCUCCGAGAUACGAAGGCGACGCCAGACCUGUCGUCUUAGAAUCGCAUACCGCAGAAUUAUCCAGGUCCACAUCCUUCUAUAAUCCAGUUUACAGUCAUUCAGACUAUCCCCAUUAUGGCGUAACUCCCCCUCACCCUCCGUCGCCGCCAUCAUCGUCGAUUCUAGCAUCUAGGACAGAAACACUUCAUUAUAGUGCACAUCAGCCGGCUCCCUCCACGGACCACGCUGUCCAAGCGGCGUCAUUUCGUGGGCAUGGUUCCCAGCAGUCAGCUUCUCCUCCGGUUCUCUACAUCGAUGGCCGUUUAAUAGAUGAGGAUGACCUUGCAGACCAGGGAACCAACGACGGCAAUAUAAUCGUUGGCCAAUGUCUUCGCAAUGACUCGCCGUGCGGCCUUUGGGUGAAAGCCGACAAGGGUUCAAUCAAGCGCCAUGCGCACAAAUGGCAUGGGGUUGCUCGUGGGGGUGACAUUAACCCAGUCGAGUGUACAUGGGCCGAGUGUCACACCAAGAUGCAAAAGAGCGCUGUGCCACGGCACACUCUGUGCAAACAUUUCGGUGAAACAUUUCAGUGUAACGGGUGCUCGAAACCUUUCACUCGAGACCAUGCUUGCAGAUCUCAUGUUGUAAACUGUACGUUAGGUGCUCAUGGAUACGGUGUGUCGUAUAACCCUAUUACUACCCGUGUUAUCAAUGUGAGAGGCAUGCCCUGAGACAGGUCGGUUAUUGAUUCUGGAUGGAAGGGAAUGAUUGAGCCAAAAGGUUCAUUCAAACUAAAUUGUCGUGAUUCACCUUUUACUCGUUCACGUUGCCGACAAGAAAUGGUUAUGUUUCAGACAGGCGCAUCAUCCCGCAGCUGCAGACAAUUGUUAUUGGUUUUUACCUGCCCAUGAUCAUUAAUGAUCAUAUAACGCGCAGGCUAGCUCGCAUCAGAGCCCGCUAUGGUGGCAUUUACGGAUUGUGAUGGAACUCGAUGGAUUGGUCAUGGAGGCUACAAAUAUUACAAGUAGAUAGCUGGUACACCCCAAGAAGUUAGUUUAGCCUGACCUAGGUUAACCUGAUCAUUUUUACACUCAAUGUAAAUAAAUUAAUAUGUGUCUUG